AUGUUAAAUGCUUUUCUUCAUAACUUCAUAAGCAUAAUUAAACUACUCUCCCUCUUCGUCCAUAUCCACCAAAAACAAGUACCUGGGAGGGACAUCAUUGUUGCUCCUCAGAAACACCAUCCCAAGGAAAUACGAGGUAAAAGUUACAACAUGGGGCUCUUGUAUCUGUCAUCGUACAGAAUGUCGAUGACUUUCUUCAUUGCUUUUCUAGGUGGUCUACUUAUUCAAGCUCAGGACCAAACAGAAUUCAUCAGCAUAGAUUGCGGAGCUCCUGCAGAUGUAAAAUAUACUGAGCCAAACACAGGCAUAGUUUAUACUUCAGAUGCAAAUUUCAUAACUGGUGUGAGUAAGUCAAUAUCAUCUGAUUUGAAAGAUAAGCUUUACAGACCGCUGUGGACUGUCAGAAGCUUCCCUGAAGGAAAAAGGAACUGCUACAAAAUAAAUAUCACAAGAGACUCUAAGUAUCUUAUCCGGACUAUUGUUUUGUACGGAAAUUAUGAUGGGUUGAAUAAGACAUCGCAGUUUGAUAUUCAUCUUGGGGCUAACCUGUGGGAUACAGUGACUUUAUACAAUGCUUCUAGUUACCAAAUCAAUGAGAUCAUACAUGUACCUUCACUCGAUUAUGUACAAAUCUGUCUGGUUGACACAGGCCAUGGGACACCAUUUAUAUCAGUUAUAGAACUGAGGCCUUUGCCAAAUAAUAUUUAUGUCACUCAAUUUGGAUCAUUGCAAACACACUACCGGUGGGAUUUUGGUUCAAACCGAAGCUACAGGUACAAGGAUGAUAUUUAUGAUCGUUUCUGGUAUGACAAAUUUGGCGACAGCAAAGAUUGGACACACUUAGGUGUUUCUAUUCCUGCUGAGUCUUUAAUCCAAUCUGUUUACCAACCGCCCGCCAUUGUCAUGAGCACCGCAGUCACACCAGUAAAUGCUAGUGCUCCAUUGGUAAUAAGCUGGGAGCCACAAAAUGAAACUGAUAUAUACUAUGUUUACAUGCAUUUCUGCGAGAUUGAAGCAUUAGCGAAGAAUCAGACGAGAGAAUUCACCAUCAGACUAAAUGGAAAAACAUGGUAUCCAAGAUUAUCUCCAAUGUUCCAGGCUGUUAACACUAUUAUUCAGACCCUGUCAGGCAUCAGCGGAAAUAAACAUAUUUUCUCACUUGAGAUGACCAAGAAUUCAACCCUACCUCCCAUCAUUAAUGCCAUUGAAAUUUACAGAUUAAAAGACUUUCAGCAGUCAGAUACGUACCAGGGAGAUGUUGAUGCUAUUACAACCAUCAAGUCAGUUUAUGGGGUGAAAAGAGAUUGGCAAGGUGAUCCAUGUGCACCUGCAGUUUUCUUGUGGGAUGGUCUGAAUUGUUCUUAUGGCGACAAUGAGUUCCCAAGAAUCACAACUUUGAAUUUAUCUUCAAGCGGAUUAUCAGGAAAGAUAGACCUUUCCAUUUCAAAGCUCGCCAUGUUGGAGAAGCUGGAUUUAUCAAACAAUAGCUUAAACCACGAGGUUCCUGAUUUUCUGUCUGAAUUACAACACUUGAAGAUCUUAAACUUGGAGAAGAAUAACCUCUCCGGUUCAAUUCCCUCCGCACUUGUUGAAAAAUCUAAGGAAGGUUCUCUCAUCCUAAGGUUGGGCCAAAAUGCAUAUCUCUGUGAACAUGGUCAAUGCAACGAGAAUAGAAAUAACAUUGCUGUGCCGUUGGUAGCAUCAAUCUGCGGGGUUUUGAUCCUCCUGGUGGCCGUGGCAGCUAUAGUGUGGAUCCUUACAAGGAGAAAAUCAAGAGCUUGGAUGGUAGAAACGGAUCAAAGUGGAAUCUCCCUCCAGUACAGAAGGCAAGAUGAUUCAUUACUGCAGUAUAAGAAACAAAUAUAUUCAUACUCUGAUGUCAUUAAAAUUACCAACAAUUUCAACACAAUUUUGGGCAAAGGAGGAUUUGGAAUAGUUUAUCUGGGCUAUAUUUAUGACACUCCAGUAGCAGUAAAAAUUCUUUCCCCUUCAUCGUUUCGUGGCUAUGAACAAUUUCAAGCAGAGGUUAAACUUCUAAUGAGAGUUCAUCAUAAAAAUUUGACUUCACUUAUUGGUUAUUGCAAUGAAGGAACCAAUAUGAGUCUCAUAUAUGAGUACAUGGCUAAUGGAAACUUACUGGAACAUCUCUCUGGUAAGCACAGUAAAUCAAAAUUCUUGAGCUGGGAAGACAGACUGCGUAUAGCAGUGGAUGCAGCCUUGGGAUUGGAGUAUCUGCAAAAUGGUUGCAAGCCCCCUAUAAUACACAGAGACAUAAAAUCUACUAACAUCUUGUUGAAUGAACACUUCCAAGCGAAAUUAUCUGAUUUUGGUCUAUCCAAAGUUAUCCCAAGUGACGGAGGAUCACAUGUGUCAACUGUUGUCGCUGGUACUCCUGGUUACCUGGACCCCGACUAUUACGCCUCCAAUAGAUUAACAGAGAAAAGUGAUGUUUAUAGUUUUGGAGUGGUUCUUUUGGAAAUAAUCACAGGUCAGCAAGUAAUACUAAGGAAUGAAGAAAAAAUUCACAUCAUUGAAUGCGUUACAUCCCUGAUUGCCACGGGGGAUAUCAAGGCCAUUGUUGACUCGAGGUUAGAGGGAGAUUUUGACAUAAACUCAGCCUGGAAAGCCGUGGAAAUAGCAAUGGCUUGUGUUUCAGUAAGUCCCAACGAAAGGCCAGUUAUGAGUGUGAUAGUGUUUGAACUAAAGGAGACUUUAGCGGCCGAAAUAGCUCGAACAAAACAUAACAGUGCUGCAAAUUCAGUUGAACCUGUCAAUGUGAAUCUGAGCUCUGAACUCAUUCCUCUGGCUAGGUCGAAGAAACAGGAGGCAGAAGAUCUGGAGCAGAAGUUCAGAUCAUAUCAUCACUGCAUGGUUGCUUUUCUAGCUGCUCUACUUAUUGAAGCUCAUGGUCAACCAGGAUUCACGAGCAUAGAUUGCGGAGCUCCUGCAGGCAAUGGAACACCAUUUAUAACAGCUAUAGAAUUGAGGAUUUUGAACAAUGAUACAUAUGUCACUCUGUUUGGAUCACUGAAACGUUACAAUUACUGGCGGUGUGAUUUAGGUUCAAACCAAUCCUACAGGUACUGGGCUGAUCGUUAUGAUCGUUUCUGGUUCACCUGUACCUGGAGAAAUUGGAAACCACUAAAUUCUUCAAUUUCUGAUUAUUCUUUGCACCAGAACGAUUAUCAACCGGGAGCUCUUGUCAUGAGCACCGCAGUUACACCACCAAAUGACAGUGAUCCAUUAGUAAUAAGCUGGGAGCCAGAAGAUGAAAAUGAGCAAUUCUAUGUUUACUUGCAUUUCACGGAGCUUCUAGAGUUAGCAACGAAUCAGACAAGACAAUUCAACAUCAUGUUGAAUGGUGAAUCAUGGUUUCGAAAUUUUUCUCCACGGUACCUGGGUCUUGACACUUUAUAUACCAAAUCAGCCAUCAGUGGGGAAGAAAUUAUAUAUUCAAUGGAGAUGACUGAAAAUUCAACCCUGCCUCCCAUCAUCAGUGCCUUAGAAAUUUACACUGUAAUAGACUUACAGCAACCACAAACAUUCCAAGGAGAUGUUGAUGCGAUUACAACCAUCAAGUCAAUUUAUAAGGUGACAAAAGAUUGGCAAGGUGAUCCAUGCGCCCCUGUAGAGUACUUGUGGGAUGGUCUCAAUUGUAGUUAUGGUUCAAAUGAAUCCCCAAGAAUCACGGCUUUGGAUUUAUCUUCAAGUGGAUUGUCAGGAACGAUAGAUCCUUCAAUAUCAAUGCUCACCAUGUUGGAGAAGUUGGAUUUAUCAAACAACAACUUAAAUGGUGAAGUUCCUGAUUUUCUAGUUCAUUUACAACACUUGAAGAUCUUAAACUUGGAGAAGAAUGACCUCUCCGGUUCAAUUCCCUCAGCACUUGUUGAAAAAGCCAAGGAAGGUUCUCUCUCACUGAGUGAUCUCCAUGCUAGUGUGGGUCAAAAUCCAAAUCACUGUGAAUCUGGUCAAUGCAACGAGAGGAAAAUGAACAAGAUUUUUACGCCCAUAGUAGCAUCAAUUGGAGGAUUUGGAACAGUUUACCUGGGCUAUAUCGCUGACAUUCCAGUUGCAGUGAAAAUGCUUUCCCCAUCUGCAGUUCUUGGUUACCAACAAUUUCAAGCAGAGGUUAAACUUCUACUCAGAGUUCAUCACAAAAAUUUGACAUCCCUUAUUGGUUAUUGUAACGAAGAAACCAAUAAGGGUCUCAUAUACGAGUACAUGGCUAACGGGAACUUACGAGAACAUCUCUCAGGUACACACAAAGAAUCAAAGUUCUUGAGCUGGGAGGCCAGACUUCGUAUAGCAGUGGAUGCAGCCUUAGGAUUGGAUUAUCUGCAAAAUGGUUGCAAGCCUCCUAUAAUCCACAGAGAUGUAAAAUCUACAAACAUCUUGUUGGAUGAACAUUUCCAAGCAAAAUUAUCUGAUUUCGGUCUAUCCAAAAUUCUCCCAACUGAAGGGGGUUCUCAUGUGUCAACUGUUGUUGCUGGUACUCUUGGUUAUCUGGACCCUCACUACCACGGUUCCAACAGAUUAACAAAGAAAAGUGAUGUUUAUAGCUUUGGAGUUGUUCUUUUGGAAAUAAUCACAAAUCAACCAGUAAUGGAAGGGAGUGGAGAAAAGGGUCACAUAAGUGAACGUGUUAGCUCCAUGAUUGCACAAGGGGAUAUCAGGGCCAUAGUUGACUCAAGGUUAGAAGAAAAUUUUGACAUUAACUCGGCAUGGAAAGCUGUAGAAAUAGCAUUGGCUUGCGUUUCUCCAAAUACCAACGAAAGGCCAAUCAUGAGUUUAGUAGUGCUUGAUCUAAAGGAGUCUUUAGCGACCGAAUUAGCUAGGAGAAAGCAUAAUGGUGCUGCUGAUCCUAGGUAUUCAGUUUCACCGGUCAGCGUGAAUCUAGACAGCGAAUCCAUGCCCUCGGCUAGGUAA